UUCACCAAUCGCCACAACUUGCCAGCCCCUUGUUUUGGUUCUUCUGGCUGGUGGCUGUCUGACUGCUGCUAACGCAUCAUCACCAAACAACACCACCUUUCCCUCCUCACUCACUCACACGCACCCCACCCUUUCGCUCCUCCACUCACCCACCCCUUCUUAUUCAUCAGCCACACGCACCCCACCGCCCUCUCUCCCUCUCUCGAGCCCAAACUAACGACAAGGCACCAUGCCUGGUGGCCCUGCCCCGACACCGGCCGAGGGGCCAGCGGCUUUGCUUGCGGGUGCGUCAACCAUGCUGCACAUGACUGGCAACCACCCGUUCAUCGCCGGCGGCGUGGGCUUGCUGCUUGCCGUCUACCUCUACACGAUGCCGUUUUACUCCUUGCUCGUGUGGACCUUCCUCGCUGCGUUUGUGGCCACCGUCCUCCUCCACAACAAAUCCCAUGUCCUAUCAAGCUUACUGCCAGAGCUUGCCGAGCACCUCGCUCGGCUCCAGCACGCCGCAGCGCCCGCUGCCACUGCGCGCCCUGCUGGCGCACACCACACACACGGGCCCACACCCUGCUCGGCGUGUGGCCUGCCAAACUGCGAGCGCUCACGACCACGCGCUAAGCGCUCCGAAACACACCCGUGGGAGUUUGCCAUCGUCCCCAUCCUGGUGGACGACAAGCUGACGGAGUUUGCGCGCGUGCUGCUGGAGACCUAUGUCAACACGUGGUACGAGUACAUCACGGACGACGAGACCUUCAAGCAGGAGCUGGUCAUGCACCUGCGCUACAUCUUGGCCACGGCAUACCUUCGCAUGAAGAAGGCCAACCUGCGGGCGUUCCUGCUCGGCCCCUGCCUCGCCAUCAUCCGCGACCACUUGCACGAGUGCGUCGCCGCCCACACCAUCGUUGCGCAGCCGGUGCACCACGUCAACCUUGCGCACCUGCCCCCGAAGAACCUCGUGCCGCAAUCGCGCGUGCUCACGCGGGACCAACUGGAGCGCAUCGAGCGCCUGAUGGUGCGGGAGAACGCGGCGGCACACCCCGGCACGCGAUCACCGCAAGCGCUGCAGAACUACUGCCUCUCGCUGGCGGAGCGCGUAGCGCCCCUGCUCUGCCCCGCGCAGUCCCUCCGCAGCCCGCUCGCAUCCACCAUUGUCAACAACCUGCUCAGCUCGUACGUGAUCUACCCCAUCAUCAGCAUGUGCUGUAACGCCGACUUCAUCAACACGCGCAUCGUAUUCCUGUUUGGGCCGGACGCGGACCCGGCCAAGUUUGCGCAGUCGUCACCGUCAACAACGCCGCUGCUGCACCGGCUCUUCACGGGGAUUACACCGCGAGCACGCGCAACGGCGCUGACAAAGCGCCUGCCAGACGUGCUGAUGCGCUACGAGAUGCUGUUUGCAAAGUUCCAGGCGUUUCUCUGCGAGCACGACGCCAUUGACCUGUUGGUGUUUGUGACGAACGUGGACGAGUGGACGGCAGAGCUGAUCCAAGAGAACAUCAGCCGCAAGGAGCAGCAACUGCAACAACAACAACAACAACAACAACAACAACAACAACAACAACAACAACAACAACAACAACAACAACAACAACAACAACAACAACAACAACAACAACAACAGCACCAGCCACAACAACACCACCACCACCAGCAGCAGCAGCAACAAGCGCAGAAUGAUGAAGCAGGGGAGGCGCGGAGUAAAGCGACAGACCACCACCACCACAAACAGCAGAAUGAGCCUGGUGCCAGUGCUGACACGCAAUUGCCAUCUAACGUCGGCCCGACAGCACCACAGCCGUCCCCUCACGUGGCGGCCGAGGACACAGUUUCCUCUGCAGCAGCAGCAACAACAGCAGGGACAGCAGCCUCGUCAAUCUCAUCAUCAUCAUCGUCGUCAACCUCAUCAUCAUCAUCAUCAUCAUCACCGCCGCUGACCGAUGACGCCGGCGAGUGGAAGGAGCGGUCACAGCGCGUGUUCCAGUCGCUGCUCGAGGUGCAUGUCAGUGACAACGGGUUUCUCGUCGAGCCAGACGUGCUGGCGGAGAUUCGAGCGAAGAUUGAGCAGCCAGACUUUGCGCCAACACAGGACCUGUUUCUUGCGCCGUACCAGCGCGUGUACCGCGUGCUCGAAACCGAGCUCUUCCCCCAGUUCCUGGAGAGCCCCCACUUCUUCUCCGAACUCGUCGGCAACCAGGCAAGGGACCUCCCCACCGCCAACGCCACCACCAACAUUAGCAGCAGCAGCAGCAGCAGCAGCAGCAGUCGGCGACCACAGCAGGUCGGGGUGUCUGCGCGGGAGCUGGAGGCGAUGAAGUUGCCGCCACCGCCAUCCGCUGACACCGGUGACGACGACGCAAGCGGACACACACGCACAGGCUCGUCCGAUGCAAGCAGCAACGCAACCAGUGGGCCACAGAGUCGGAACAGAAGCACCUCCGCUGCUCCAACACAACAUCACAGGACGCCGUCGGACGCGUCUGAGGAGCGUCGCUCUCGAUCGUCGACGCUCACAUCCGUAUUUGGUGAUGCCGAGGAGGACUUGGUGGAUCCGUCUGCGAAUGUGAAUCUUGAGGUGACGGAGGACGUGGACGAGCACGACGACACACACGCGGGCGCCGACGACCACGAGACACCGCUCAAGACCCUCUCACUCGAGGGCAUCUCUGUACGCAUGAAGCAACCUUCCAUCGUCAAACGCCUCGGUAGACAGUAUUGCGUGUACAACAUGGAGGUGAUCCUCAACCCAGACGAGUCGCAGCGCAAGAACACCGUUUUCAGAGAAGACUACGGGAACAUGUGGGAAAUAUCAAGGCGUUACAGCGAAUUCCACGCGCUGGACCGCAUCAUCCGGUCAUUCUAUCCGGAGAAACUGCCGCUGCCGGAGAAAACGGCCGUUCGAAACACAACGCAGAAGCACAUCGAGGAGCGACGCAGGGCGCUCGGCGUCUACAUGCAGGUGCUGGUGGCGACGAUGAUGGUGUCGGUGGCCGUGGUGGUCUGA